CAUUAUAAUUCACUCUCUCCCUUUCCCUCACUCCAUUCCUUUUUCUCACACCAAAACCUCUCUCUCUCACCUCAAAAAAACAACAAUGGUGAAAAUCCUCCUCCUUCUCCUCGCUGCUUUUGUUGCAUCCGCUUCAGCUGGUCAUUUCGCUAGCGACUCAUUCCUGCUGCAGGGCUCUGUUUACUGCGACACCUGCCGCUGCGGCUACGAGACUUCCGCCUCCAAAUACCUUUCCAAUGCUGUUGUGAGACUGGAAUGCAGGGCUAGGGCAAACUCCGAGCUCACAUACACGAAAGAGGCGGUGACUAACUCAGCUGGAAAAUACAAGAUGCUGGUGGAGAGCGACCGUGCAGAUGACUUCUGCGACACCGUGCUUGUGAGCAGCCCCGACCCCGAAUGCAACUCACCUGAUGCAGGCCGUGACCGCGCUCGUGUCAUCCUCACCAACAACAACGGCAUGAACUCGCGCACUCGCUACGCCAACGCCCUAGGGUUCGUCAAGAGAACGCCCCUGGCUAGCUGCACUCAGAUCCUCCAGCAGUACCAGGAAUCUGAGGAGUAAGAAACAACUUGGUUUUUGUAUUUUAGCAUUAUAUUAUUAUGUUAAAAUCUGACAAUCUGUAUGGUAUUGUUUUCUCAUAUUUAAUUUAGUAGAGUAUAUGUUGUCACUGUAUUUGUGGCCUCCACAGAACUACUAUGGAUUUGUUUAUUAAAGUGGUCUUGCCUCA